UGUUCGCAUAUACGCCAAAGUGAAACCAGGAAAUCAAGAACCCUAGUAGAAACCAAACCAGUGCGUCUCGGAGAGAGAAAAACGAUGUCGUUUCUGUACGAGAAGAGCAACGCAUGGAGAUGGCUAGUGAGGAAGACGCGAGAUUCAAGACCCUUCUUCUUCACAUUCGCUACUGUAUGCGGCGUCAUCCCCGGAAUAAUCGGCUACGGGGUUAUGCAGUUCACCAAUUCCACUAACCCGGAGCUCGAGGCCCGUCUCCGACAAUCCGCCCGACCCGAAACCACCAUGAUGGGUAAAGUAAACCAAGAGAGGCUAGCUGAGUACCUCGGGGAGUUGAAACAGAAGCAAGAUACCAACGACAGAUACGUGGCUGCUCUAAAGGGAGAGACUCUUACCAGGAAGCCUUACCAAAGAAUUCAACCUGUGCCAAAGCCAAAUGACACGGUCACAACCAAACCUCAGUAACGAUGAUGACUUCUUAGAAGGAGCUAUUGUAAUGGAUGCCUCUCACUCUCGAAUCUUUCUUCGAUGCAAAGAUAGCAUGUUUCUUCCUUUUGAAUCUGGCAUGCUUUGUGGUUUUUGGACUGGUGCAAGAUUCAGUCACUUCAAACAUUUUUUUUGUGACAGUGAAUAAAAAUGUAAAACCCAUGUUUUGUACA